AACAGUCAACACAUCGCGGGAGACUUGCCUUUGUUUCGGCCGAAUACACGUAUCUCAUCCUGCCUGUCAUCGUGUUUACGCUCGCAGGGGACGAUGUCCUUCGUAGCCGCAAGCCGCGCGUUUCACGGAAAUGUUUAUUUUGCUCGACUCGUCAGUCGUUGAGAUCGGGACGCCGAAAGGUCGCGAGAUCCUUAAUAGGAUCGUUAAAUCUUCGCGUCGCGGACUUAACCUUGCACGUUGCUGAUCGCAUCCCGAGCCUUGACUCCGGAGCAAGGCCCAUCCGUUCCUUUGGCGGAGAAGAAGAAGGAUAUCGAGAAUAUCAAGACUACAAACUACGUUCACAAGGAUAUCGACGAUGGCCGGGGACAGCGAGCUCUGGGUGCAAUGCUUCACGUGCUGCCUGACGCCACGAGCGACGAGGAACACCGGUAGACGGAACAACAGCAGGCCGCAUCAGAGGCUCAGGAUAGACCGGAGCAUGAUCGGCGUGCCCACAAAUUUCCGGCACACGGCGCACAUCAGCAGCGGCGACAUCGACAUGUCGAUCGCCCAGCUGGCCGAUCUUCAGGCGCAAAUGCAGAGGAAGGGCAGUUACAACGGUGACUUUGGCGCCAAGACCUGCUGAGAGUGGCGUUACUGCCUAAUGUGACAGAUGCAGCGGAGAAUGUUUAAUACGACAGAGUGUGAGAGACAUUUUUGACAUGGCGAAACAGCGACUGAUUUUUUAAUAUCCAUGUUCCUUACUCGUCAAAUAGAUAGCGAGUGUACUUCUUUCGUACGCGCAAAAUUGCAUUUGUAUCGUAACUCGUUUAGGGAAUUAAGAAAAAUUAUAUCCAGGCAAAUCUUUGACUUCCACAUUUCGAAUAUACAACUGCCAGAAAAAAUUAUUUGCACUACAAAUAAU